ACGCUCGAACACGACGACUCGUAAGCUCAAAAGAAAAAAAAAAAGGAAGAAAAAAAAGAGAGAGAAAAAGAAUAAGCAGCCAUGGCGGGGAGCUUCAAGGUAACGAGGAUCUCGGAGGGCGCGGUGAAGCCGGCGGCGGCGACGCCGGAGGACACGCUGCCGCUGGCGUGGGUGGACCGGUACCCGACCCACCGCGGGCUGGUGGAGUCGAUGCACAUCUUCCACUCCGGCGCCGACGCGGCCCCGGGCGUCAUCCGCGACGCGCUCGCCAAGGCCCUCGUCUUCUUCUACCCGCUCGCCGGCCGCAUCGUGGAGCCCGAGGCCGGGUCCCCGGCCAUCCGCUGCACCGCCGACGGCGUCUACUUCGCCGAGGCCACCGCCGACUGCAGCCUGGAGGACGUCCGGUUCCUGGAGCGCCCCCUCCUCCUCCCCAAGGAGGACCUCGUCCCCUACCCCGGCGACGACCGCUGGGGCGUCGAGCCCCAUAACACCAUCAUGAUGAUGCAGAUCACCAAAUUCACAUGCGGCGGCUUCGUGAUGGGGCUCCGGUUCAACCACGCGUCGGCGGACGGCAUGGGCGCGGCGCAGUUCAUCAACGCGGUGGGCGACAUGGCGCGGGGGCUGCCGGAGCCGAGGGUGAAGCCGGUGUGGGACAGGGAGAAGUUCCCGAACCCGAGCAUCAAGCCCGGCCCUCUGCCGGAGCUGCCGGUGCUGGCGCUGGACUACAUCGUGCUCGACUUCCCCACCGGCUACAUCGACAGCCUCAAGGCGGAGUACAAGGCGCACAGCGGCAAGUUCUGCUCCGGCUUCGACGUGCUGACGGCGAAGCUGUGGCAGUGCCGCACCAGGGCGCUCGGCCUGGAGCCCGGCGCCACCGUGAAGCUCUGCUUCUUCGCCAGCGUGCGCCACCUCCUGAAGCUGGACCGCGGCUACUACGGCAACUCCAUCUUCCCCGUGAAGAUGUCGGCGCCGAGCGAGAAGGUGCUCGGGUCGUCGCUGGUGGAGGUGGUGGACAUGAUCCGGCAGGCCAAGGACCGGAUGGCCGUGGAGUUCUUCCAGUUCGCCAAGGAGGAGACGGCGCAGGACCCGUUCCAGAUGACCUUCAACUACGAGUCCAUCUACGUCUCCGACUGGAGCAAGCUCGGGUUCGCCGACGUGGACUACGGCUUCGGCCCGCCGAUGUUCGCCGGCCCGCUCGUCAACAACGACUUCAUCGCCUCCGUCGUCAUCCUCAAGGCGCCGCUGCCGCUCGACGGCACGCGGAUGCUCGCCAGCUGCGUCACCAAGGACCACUCCGACGAGUUCGUCCGCGGCAUGAAGGAGGACCUGCCAUGAAACCGGGAAGCUUCAGCUUCUUCUUUCUUUUGAGCUCUGAUGAAGUGAGAAGGAAGGCCUUCUAAAUAGGGAAACACGUGAUGGUGACCCUGCUGUUUGGUUAAAAAGAAAUUGAUGCUGUGGUAAGAGGCGUAUUUUGUUUGUAUUUAUUUGUUUCUUACUCUUGGUUAAUACGGAUUAUGUUAUUAGACAGACAACUUAAUCUUUGUAUCAUUUGAUAUGAAACAAUAAAAGAAAAGAUAUAAUCAUCUGAUUAUUUUAUCUGA